AUGCAUUUGACAGCUCUCCCUCUUCUGAGAGCACUCCCUCGUGUGAUUACUCUCCUUCUCCUUCCUUCUCCUUUCAAAAAAGAAAAAGAAAAUGAGGAGUCUGGGUGUGAGACUGUGAAUCCUUCUGAGACUGAGACUGUGAGUCCAUCUACCGAGAGUCCGUCUACUGACAAUGUGAAUCCGUCUACCGAGCCUGUUGUUACUCUACAGCAGGACUCUAUUGUAUAUUAUGAUUACAGUAUAGUCAUAAUCCUAUUUCUUUGUCUUCAUGAAAUAGAUUGUGAUUCGUAA